UUUGAAAUUUGCGAUUUGGGGGUUACUUUUGACUCAACCUUUUCUUUCAAUAAACAUUAUCUAAACAUAACUAAAAAAUCAUCUACUAUAAUAGGUUUCAUUAAUAGAACUUGUAAAGAUUUUACUAAUUCCGAUGCCUUAAAAAUUCUGUAUUUUUCUCUAGUGCGUUCUUCUCUGGAAUACAACUCCGUCGUAUGGUCACCUUCUAGUGUGGUUCAUACACAGAGCUUAGAAGCUAUUCAAAAUCGUUUUCUUCGUUUUAUCUCUUACAAAUGCAAUAUACCACGUAAACCUCACUCACAAUAUACACCGUUAUUAAUCAAAUUAAAUAUGACCACUCUAGCGGCAAGGAGAAAAAUCAUUGAUUUGAAAUUUCUAUAUAAAAUAGUAAAUGGUUUUUUAAAUUGUCCCGAAUUACUCAGCUGCUUAAAUUUUAUUAUUCCUCAUUGUCGUACUAGAUCUGCAAAUACUUUUUAUAUUCCAUUACAAAGAACUAAUUACGCACUUUGUUCACCUAUUAAUAGAUUAAUGAAAAUAACUAAUGACGUCCAAAUAGAUCUAUUUAGUUUUCCUUCUUUUGAAUGUUUUUGUAACUUUAUUGCGUAUUUGUGA